AUGACUGUGUCAUACAAUCAUCGCCGAUCUGCACGUCGUAUUGAGGAAGCAAAACGAAAAGCAAGGCCAGAGUUGAAUAACUAUGGGUGGGACACUCUUGGCCUUGCUCAGAAAUUUGCGCUUCCUGAUUUUAAGGACAAUAUUUUGAGGGUGGAUGCCACGAAGUUGUCGCUCAAUGAGUUUCGCGAGAAAUACGAAAUCCCUCGCAUUCCUGUAAUACUGACCGGUCUUACCGAUAAAUGGCAGGCUCAUGAAAAAUGGACGGUUUCG